UCAGCGCAGGGAAAGGGGCGGUGAGACACGGGGAGCACAUCACCGGCAUUAAAGACGGGGAAAUGGGAGAAUCACAGAACUGUCAAGGCUGGAAGGCACCUCUAGAUAUGAUCCAGUCCCACCCCCUAACAAGACAGGAUCACCGGAGCAGGUGAUGCGGGAACGCGUCCAGGUGAGAGGGAGAGCCGUGACCUCCCAGGGCAGCCUGUGCCAGCGCUCUGCCGCCCGCAGUGCGCAUCAGCUUUUCCUCACGCCGAGGUGAAACUCCUUGUGUUUUAGUUUAUGGCCAUUGCUCCCCGCCCUGUUGCUGGGAAACACCAAAAAGAGUCCGGCACCGUCCUCCUGGAGACAUUUAUGUGCAUUGAUGAGAUGCCCUGUCAGAGGUCUCUUCCCCAGACUAACCAGGCCCAGUCCUGCAAUCUCUCCUCACAAGAGAUGCUCCAGACCCCAAACCACCUUUGUGCCUCCCGGGACCCUCUCCAGCAGCUCCUUGUCUUUCUUGUACCGAGGAGCCCAGAACUGGACAUAUUCACCUCAGGAGGGACUGAAAAACUACUUUUAUUUAAAGAAAAAGCGAAAAAGAGAAUCUGGCGUGCGAGAAGCCUCUGGAUCAGGGUCGAAACGGCUUGAUUACAUUAACAGUAAGGCCAGCACGAUGGUGGCGGUCGGCCUGGCCAUAGCGGCAGCCGGAUUCGCAGGUCGCUAUGCAGUAAAGGCUUUGAAGCAAAUGGAGCCACAGGUAAAACAAGCCCUUCAAAACCUACCAAAACCUGCCUUCAGUGGUGGUUAUUACAGAGGUGGAUUUGAACCCAAAAUGACUAAACGAGAAGCAGCUUUAAUACUAGGAGUGAGCCCUACAGCCAACAGAAAUAAAAUUAGAGAAGCUCAUAGACGGAUCAUGCUUCUGAAUCAUCCAGAUAAAGGUGGAUCUCCAUAUGUAGCAGCCAAAAUCAAUGAAGCUAAGGAUCUACUAGAAGACCAAGCUAAAAAAUGAAUAAGAAAAUGACUCAUCCAGAGGGUUUGUCCCUGCAAAUGAUUAUUUUUGAUAAAUGGCUUAAGAAAAGUUCUAAUAUCAGUCUUUGACUUAAUAUAAAUGAAGCUGGAAAUACAAAUCCAGGGAGGUACUUCCCUCCCCACUUGGCCACUGUUUUUUGGGACUAUGUGAGGGAGUGAAGCUUAAAGAUUUUUUUUCAUAGCUGUUCUUUAUUAAACAGCAAGACCUGCCACUCAGAAAUAUUUUCAGUGCUUGAGAGCAGGAACUUGGUGUGGCCAGUGUGUGUUACCAGGCACAGGUAGACUCACAUGCUGUUACCUAAUUUCUGUUGAACUGGCCCUGUUUAAAGUUCACACUGCUGCUCUUCCAUCUGCUAAAAUUAGCACACUGAACCUGUUUGGGAAGGGGGUGGAAAAACCAAGAGGAUUUAUUGGACAGGAGGAACUGGGGGAGAUGUGUGGUUGUCUCUGCCUGGAGAAAUAAAGUACAAGAAACAAUGUACUCCCUUGUCCUUGCCUUGUGAAAAACAAGGUUGGUUAAGUGUUACUGAUGGAUCUGGAACACCCCAGAUGUUUUUAGUAACUUUUAGUUUGGACAGGUUUUAAUAGCAUUUAAUAAAUUCUGUAUUUGUAAGAGAA